AUGUCACUCGACCAGUUUUUCACAGAUAUCAAAGACGAGAUAGAGAAGGAUCUCACUCGCAAGUCCUCCAUACAAGAAAUUGAGCAUCAGUUUGAUUCAACUGUAAUCCCAUACAAAUCGACCAUUAAUGAGUGGAUAAACUGCAGCCCAAAUCAGUUGAUCAGCAGCAUUAUUGAAAAAGGUGCCAACGGACAAACUGUUUAUGAAAUUUUCCACAGUUUCACAACAAAGUUGGCUGCACUAGAUUGCAAACAGACUCAGAAAGAACGAGUCCAUAACAAGUUCCUUGAGGAUUCAAUUUAUGUCUUGAUUACCAACCGAUACUUUUUAGCAAUCGCAAACGGGUUUAUUAAUGACCCAAUUGAUAUUCCAAUGGUGACCACUCCUCAAGAUGUCGGGGUGAUAAUGAACCCAACUGAGAUUGCCGAGAUUUUAAGACUAGACAAAAUUGACUAUCAAGUAUACUUGUUAGCUUUACUUCGUUUAGUCGACACUAUUGUCGAAUACACAACUACCACGGUAAUAAAUGAAUCAGUUGGUUCUACUGGAUCUAAGUCAUCUAACUACUCGAUUGCUAUCAUUAAUCUGAAAAUCGUGUCUAAGCUUCAGAAUGGAUUCCAAUUAUUGGACUUGAAAAACGAUGUUUUACGAAAAAGAUACGACAGUUUAAAAUACAACUCCCAAAGACUUAAUAAAAUUGUGUACGAUUUAUCUCUUAGAAAUUUAAUUACUACCAAAGGUGAAGUCAAUUGA